AUGUGCACCGUUCGCCCCUCUUCCUCACUGCUACCACAGUUGGUCCCAUCACGCUCGACGAUUUUACUCAAUACCCUUCGUCCUUCCUCAAAAAUCCUAAACUUCCGGCCCCCCCGCGGGACACAACGGUUCAGGUCCUUGACCUAUGCACAAUCGAACUGGCAACAAAUACAUCCCGCCUCGAAGCGAUUUUGGCGCCCCGAUCCGACAAAUUAUAAACACUUUGCACAAUGCCCCAUAUCCACCGGCGCCCACCCCCGCUUCCAAACAAGGGCACUUUCCUCGCUCCGUCCAAUGAGAUCUUUCCUUGAGCACACGGAACGAACGGCCAACUCCAACCCGAUGAAUGCUGCUGCUCAGUUAGAGUUUUACAAUGCACUCUACAAGGCGAACAUGCCUGAUAUAAUAGUGGAACGUUAUCAGACGGGACAAUACGCCACAAAUUCGAGGGCAGAGGAACUUUAUAUCAAAUCUUUAGAAAAAAUUGGCCAAAUCGAAAGGGCGAAAAUGAUUGCGGAUCGGAAGGCAGAAAAGGCAGAGACGGCAGAAGGCGAUACCAAGUCCGCCUUGUCGGCAGAAGAGGUUCGCGCGAUAGGCCAGGCAAUUGCUGCUCGAUCGAAGGGAGGCGCCUCAUCCAUUACCGCCAAAAAUCUCCACGGCCGAUAUGGGGACAGGGAUAACCCCCUGUUUGUAGUUGUUGAUGAGACAAUAGGAGGCACGGUUUUCAAAUGGGCAAAAUUUCUUUUGACUUCGGCAGUCAUGAUCUACUUUGUCUUGGUCGUUAUGACCGUCUUCAUCGAAGCAACUGGUGUUCUAAAGAGGGUCGGUGGCAACCCUCCCAACGAAGCCCAAGGCUCCCAGCAAACAGCACGGUUCACCGAUGUACACGGUUGCGAAGAAGCCAAGGAAGAACUCCAGGAACUCGUUGAAUUUUUGAAGGACCCCGCUAAAUUCUCCGCGCUUGGCGGCAAACUCCCCAAGGGCGUUCUUCUUGUGGGUCCUCCAGGCACAGGGAAAACCCUUCUUGCCAGGGCUGUAGCAGGGGAGUCCGGGGUUCCUUUCUUUUUUAUGUCAGGCUCUGAGUUCGACGAAGUAUACGUUGGAGUAGGUGCCAAACGUGUGCGUGAACUAUUCGCUGCGGCUCGGGCAAAAGCGCCAUCAAUUGUCUUCAUAGACGAGCUUGAUGCAAUUGGUGGUAAACGUAAUGAGAGAGACGCAGCGUAUGUCAAGCAAACGCUCAAUCAAUUACUUGUCGACCUCGACGGCUUCGCCCCCAAUUCUGGGGUAAUUUUCUUGGCUGCUACAAAUUUCCCUCAAUUACUAGACAAAGCUCUGACUAGGCCAGGACGAUUUGAUCGAACUGUGAACGUUCCGCUCCCAGAUGUCCGUGGCCGGAUCGAGAUUCUUAAGCACUAUGUCAAAUCCAUCAAAGCUUCUACCGAUGUCGACCUUCAAAUAAUUGCCCGCGGUACACCCGGAUUUUCAGGCGCGGAACUGGAAAACCUCAUAAACCAGGCUGCUGUCAGAGCUUCGAAGUUAAGGGCGAGCCAGGUGCGCAUGGAUGAUUUAGAGUGGGCUAAGGAUAAGAUUCUCAUGGGCGCCGAAAGGAGAAGUGCUGUCAUAUCCCAAAAAGAAAAGGAAAUGACAGCCUAUCAUGAAGGUGGCCAUGCACUUGUGGCUAUGUUUACCGAAGGAGCUAUUCCAUUAUAUAAAGCUACAAUCAUGCCACGUGGGAUGGCCCUCGGCAUCACUUUUCAAUUACCCGAGAUGGACCAGGUUUCUAUGUCUAAAAAAGAGUAUCUUGCCCGAAUAGAUGUUUGUAUGGGAGGCAAGGUCGCAGAGGAACUUAUAUAUGGGCCUGAUAAUGUUACAAGUGGUGCAUCUAAUGAUAUCGCACAAGCAACGAAAAUCGCACAUGCAAUGGUCACACAAAUGGGAAUGUCUGAACUGUUAGGUAAUGUCGACCUACAUAGCAGCUAUCGAAACCUGUCGUCACAAACCAAAGAAGCAAUUGAAACCGAGACCCGUAGGUUGCUUGAGGAAGGUCGGUUGCGAGCAACACGUUUAUUAACAGAACACCGGAAAGAAUUGGAGUUACUCGCAAAAGCUCUGAUUGAGUAUGAAAGCCUAGAUCGUUCAGAGAUGGAAAAGGUCAUCAAGGGCGAACCCCUUGCCAACCGAUUAAAGAUACUCCCGGAUGUUCAGAUAAAACUCCCUGAAAAUGCUAUUGGCGGAACCCAUACAAGCUCAGCAAGCGGGGACAUAGCUAAACCAAAUGAGACAGUCACAUAA